CGUUCGUUCGUCAUUCAUUCUGUAACGUGAACGGUACGCGGAUAGUGAAAACAUGUCCGCCGUUUGUGCUAUUUGACGUAAAUAUUAUGCGAAAUAAAUAAAUUUUUGUUUGCUGUUACGUGGUGAUUCUUUGUGUUUUAUAAAUUUUAUGAUGUGUGUGCUCAUGCUGUGAUUUGUUCAUAUGAGGCUGUUAUAUUAUAAAACGGGUCCAAUGGAGUCUCUCAGAAAAUGGUUUUACAAACCCAAGAGAGACGACCGAUCACUCCUCGCUCAGUUCUUCUUUGCGGACGAUGCGCUCAACAUGGUCGCCGCGGAGCUGGACUCCUUCGACGGUCGCAAAGACCCGGAGAGGUGUUCCACUCUCGUCAACCAGCUGCGGCAUGCCCAGGACCGAGUUUUGAACAUCACAAGUCAGAUAAUGGACCAAGUGCUGGGCGACGAGAGAGUGGCGCGCGGCUUCCGCGUUAAGUUUCCUGAAGACGUGCUCCAGGACAAUUUGGCCGGACAACUUUGGUUUGGUGCCGAGUGCCUCGCCGCCGGAUCAUCGAUAAUGAACCGCGAGGAGGAGUCGGCGGCCAUGCGCCCGCUGGCCAAAGCGCUCACCCGCAGCCUGGAGACGGUGCGGUCGCUACUGCGCGAGCAGUGCCUCAGGCCGCGCGGACUAGCGCUGUCGCAGCACGACGACAUGCUGCACGAGAGCCUUAGGAUAUUUGACAGAUUGUUCGCCGAAUUCGAGCUGUGCUACGUGAGCGCAAUGGUGAACGUGAAGACGCCGCACGAGUUCGAAGCGCAGCAGCUCAUCUGCGUGCUGUUCUCCGAGAGCCUCAGGAGAGCGCUCAAGCAGAACCUGCUCACGCAAGAACAGGUGGAUUCAUACGAUCCAGCGUUGAUGUUCGCGGUACCUCGACUGGCCAUCGUCAGCGGUCUACUUAUAUACUCGAAUGGACCGCUCAGUAUAGACAAAGUGCCAGAGGAGAUGUCGGACAUGUUCCGUCCGUUCCGCAUGCUGCUGCACAAGAUCCGGUCGCUGCUGUGGACGCUGGACCGGCGCGAGCUGGCGGCGCUGGAGCGGCUGCUGUGCACCAACGAGGACGUGUCCGCGCACGCCGCGCUCGACCUGCCGCCAGCAUCAGAAAUGGACGACUCUACGUGCCCCUACCCGGAUAUAGGAGAGUAUGUUUCGAGAUUUUGUGCAGACCUUGCGCCCUGCCCAGAUCUAUCCAAACAACGAAGUACAAGCGAACCAACAAUUACUGACGCCGACUAUCUCCCUGACAAUAUCGAAGUUAUGACGGUAAUCAUCGACGGCUUGAGACAACUCACGGACACAGAAGACACAGAAUCGGAACAGGAAGUGAAACAAGAAAACACACGGCAUUGUUCCACUGACACCGCAAGUACUGACACAUUCCAAACUAACGAUUAUAUCGAUAAAACCAGGAAGACCAGUAGAGCCGAGAGCAACGACUUGUCCUCGCUGAGAAAUCUAUCGACAAAUGGCUUGAUGAUGUUCGAUCCUCUAGUAAUUAAUGCGGCGGCGUCAACCUCCAACGACGCCAAUCGAUUGCUUCCCGAUCACGAUUUGGUCACAUCACUAAACGAACAGGUGAAUGAAAUAGCUGACAUGUUGUCAUCAAUAGCCACUAGUGAUGUCGAUAUUGUCGAUCAAAUGCAUUCGUACUCGACCAACGACGUGCCUACAUUGAUUUCCAAUGACGAUGAAGCGUACGGAUUCUCUGGUCCAAGAAAUGAACAGUUAAGUUGUAUGCCUUCAACAAGUCACGGAUAUUUGAUACCGAACGCAAUAAGUUACGAGCCAGCUGUUUUAUCGUCGUUAUCUCACAACAACUCGACGGUUUUCGACUCUGAAGACGAAACAAACGAAAUGAACGGUGCAAUAAUGAACUCUGAUCUCCCUUUAAUAAUUCCCGAAAAUAUUGACGCUGAUCUUGUAAAUACUAACAUAUCUAUAGCUAACGCUAAUUUAAGUUUACUAUUAAACGACGAGUACAGGCAAGUCGAUGAGAACACUGAAGAUAACACGAGUUUUCAUUCGGCGAAGAUGACGCUAGAUAGAGAAGACGAUAGAGUUAAGUUUAUGUUAGGAUACGAGAGCGAUCACGAAUCGCCAGCUGACUCCGGUGUUAGUACAGAGAACACUAGUUUAGACAGAUCUCCGGAUAGUGAUCAGAUUAAAGAUAUAAAAGAGAAUCAUUUUGUGCAACACAACAGGGUAUUAAAUAAUCCCGAAGACAAAGUCCAAAGUUCCUUUUCAGAAGCUGUAAAUAUUAAUUACGUUGAAAGUGAGACGCAGAAGAGUGAAGCUAGUUCGUCGGUAGUUGAUAAUAGUAGGUUAGAGGAUGACGAUGACGUCAGCAGUGAUGAGAGGCGAACGCUUCACGAGUGGGGAGCGGACACGUCGGUACCGUCUCAUAUAGAGGAUGAUGCGUUAAGGCAUCGAUUGAUAGAGAUGUAUGCGACAGACAAAGAAGACAAUAAUGACGUGGUUGCGUCUCAAAGCACUUCGCAUACAAUAGACGAUGCAAUGGCGUUAGAAAGGCGUCGGUUGGUCGACACGUUUGCGAAAGAGAAAACAGAAGACAAUAAUUCCGAAGGACCAUCUCAAAGUACUAGUUCUAGAGUUAAGAAGAGUAGAAAAUCUGGUAAGAGUAAGCGGAAGAAGAGUAAGAUGUGGUCUCCUGGUGCUGUCAUACUAGACAACCGAUCCAACCAGAGCCAGAGUCCGUUGAGAUUGAAUCUGGACCAUUUUGUGGACGAGAGCAGUACGUCGUGCGGCGCCUCUGAGUGCAUGGACGACGAGCAAAUAGCUCUUGCGCUGCAAGCUGAAGAGUUGGCGGCGCGGCAGCAAGCCAGAGGGAAGUUCAAAUCAAGCGAGGAUCUUAUUCAUCGUUUGUUCGUGUGCAUCGCGGGCGUGGCAGACCAAUUACAAACAAAUUUCGCCGCCGACCUACGGAAUAUAUUGAAAUCAGUGUUUCUUAUGAACCAAUCGCCUGAAGUUUCGGAGACACCCGAGCCGCCACCGGAAAAAGUUGCGGACAAGUCGCCCACCAUAGAGUAUGAAGCGACCGAGGACCAAGUUAUACAGAACCACAGUUCGUUCGACAGCGUGUACUCUGCGGAGGAGGUGUACGCGGACUCCACGUCGGAGUCGAGCGCGUCGGAGGGCAGCGCGGGGCUCGAGCGCCGCGACGCCGUCAGCCGCGCCGCGCACGCGCCCGCCGCCGCGCCGCCGCACCCACCCGCCGACGCCAGGCGCAAGUCUCUCGACAACACGCACACCCUGCAGGCUUCCGUCUCCACUGGCGACUUGAGAUCGUCGCCGCCGGAGUGGGUGCCGGACAUCGCGGCGGCAGCGUGCAUGCGCUGCGCCGCGCACUUCACCGCCUUCCGCCGCAGACACCACUGUCGCAACUGCGGCAAAGUGUUCUGCGCGUCGUGCAGCUCUAACUCGAUCCCGCUCCCGCGCUACGGGCAGAUGAAGCCGGUGCGCGUGUGCGACGAGUGCCACCGCGCCGUCUCCACCGUGGCCAGCCCGCGCCGGCCCUCGCACGCGCUGCUGCGGUGAAACUCGCGACACUGACGCCGCUGCAGCCGACGUUCACGUCGUCCGGGCCGACGUCCACGCUGAUGUCGAGUCGACGGCAAGUGAGUGCCCACAGGGUUGCCAGCUCGGAAUAAUUGUCCACUCGUCUUAUGUGAUAACCAAAGUUUUUAAAUUUUUCUUAUGAUUCAUUAGACUACGCUUAUAUAGUACGAAUGAAUAAAAGACUAUUUCCAAAUAAUGUUUAUAUUGAAAUAGUUUUGUUGAAUAUAUUUUUCAAUUUGGCAACCCUGCGAGUCACACAAGUCCUCCGUACAUUUGCUUCGGGUAAGGUUAUGACGAGGACGCCUUUCAUUCACUGGAUUUACUUCCAUAAUGUGACGCAUUUUCGACCUUGUUUACAACUGAAGUUUAUGAUGGAGUUGACAGCAUCGUGCGUAUUUUAUGUGAUAUUAUAUAAAAAUAAUUAUAGCUCAAUAUAAUUCUGAUUCUUUAUAUUUCAAUAUUGAUAAGCUAUAAAUUCUCCGCCUUAUAAACUGGCGGGACGCAGGUGAUAAUUUUCGAAUAAUGAUGUUGCGUUGAAGGUCGAAAAUGGCUCACGCCCAAGUCACAAUCCGCUCCAAACCUUGCCUCGUCCAUUACAAUGUAUCCUUGUAAUUUUCAAUAAAAAAAAUUACCUACGUGAUAUUCGAUAACGUUAUUCCAAAACUUUAUUAUCGUAGCCUCUUAGAUUUAAUAGAAGUGUUGAAGCAAAAAUAUAUAUUUUCCAUAUUGACUGAUACUAUGUUAAUUAGUAAGAAUGUUUCCACACGUUAUGUUUUCUUUAGGUAGCUCUCUAAAGUGUUAACUGUUGCUACUUGUAUUUGUUGUGUGAAAAUGUAUGUAUGACACAGAUUUGUGGAGCUUUAAUUAUGCUCGAUUUUGUCUAUAAUACAUCACGGUAUGGGUCUGUUCCGCGGGAGGCAUAGACAAUACAUCACAAAUAGCGAAUCCCGUGGGCAGUGCCUCAUUUAAAUAAACAUUAAUAGGGGCGUUGUAUGAAAAGCAGAGAUUUGAAAUAAAAUAUGAUAAAAAAAAGUUAUGUCUUGGGUUUGGUAAAAAAAAAUCUAAUAAAUAACCUUAUUGAUGCUAACAAAUUGUACUAUGUGAAAUCUAUAAAUUAAGUUUUGAAUGUGUCACUAGUUUGAGGACAUUUGGGGGUUUUAUUGUGAUAUUAAUGUCGAGUUCAGUUGGACAAAUGUUUGCUAAGCGUCAAUUUUAUGUGGUUUUCCCAUCUAUAAAAGACAAAAAAAUAUUUUUAAGUUUUUGUAAAAAAAAAUCUCAAGUUUGUCUGCUGUUCGAGUAGCUUUGAGUCUCUGCUAAUAUUCUUUAUUUAAUUUAAAAACUACGACAAAAUAUCGGGCAUGUGUCAUACUGCAAAAAACAAAAGUAUGUAAUAAAAUACGUUUUUAACAUCUAGAUUAAUAAUAUUAGGGACAAAGAUCUAUUUUUAAGAUUACAUUGAUGUUUAUAUUUUUUAACGGUACGCAAUACUUUUUGAAAAGGGUUAACCAAGUUUUAUGACGCUUGCCACCACUUUUGUAACUUUGAAUAAUAUAUUAUAAUAAACAAAAACUUAUUUUCUUUAUCUCUUAGAAUAUAACGUGGUGAAGUGUCAUAGAAGUAUUUUCAAAAGAUUCCAUAAUUUUGUAUAUCCAAACGGUGUUAGAUUUAUAAGAUAUUUUUUAAAAAAAGUUUAAGUGGAUUAUAAUGUUAUGUGUAUGUAAAUUUUGUAAAGGUUAUGUAUUAGUGGUUAUGUGUACUUUUGGGUAGAGGCUAUGAGUGUUCGGUGCUCCAUGCGGUAAAAAGAAGUUUAUAAAGAAAGUACUAACUUUCUGUAACUAGUUUCUACGUUCCUAAAAAUCACGUCAUGUAUAACCAUGUUUAAUAAACUUAUUGAUUAAUAACACUUUUUAAAUAAUUACGCAGCGUUUUUUUAACAUUUUGCUGUGAAAAUCUAUUUUGUUUUAUUAAUAUUUUUGAUGGAAAAAUCUAGUGUUAAUUUUAUAAAUAAAGUUUAGAUAUGCGUCAUGUGGGUCUCAACUCUCAUACAUAAGUUGUCUAAAAUUUGUACAUAUUAAGUCUUGCGUUACGCGCACUGGACGGUAAGUUGUAUGACAACUUCACAGAGGUACACAAAUGUUCUCUGACCCUAUUCGUCGCGAGGUAUACUAUAUAAAGCAUACCUAAACGUGUGUAUCUAUGGUCAGUCAUUUAUAAAAGUAGGUAAAAGUCGAAGGAAAUAUUAUAAAUUAAGUUUCAACUUUUUACUUUUAUAAAACUACGGCCUACGACUAUCGAGUACAAAUAUAAAGAAUUUGUAAUAUUGUUAAAUAAGUAUAUCAUUGUAAAAGAUGGCUGCUUAUUAUGAUUUUUACGGCGUGGACACGAGCCCUUUUAGCCGAGCCCAUCGUAAGUUUAUAUAGCAACUGUUUCAUAGCUUUUUGUAUAUUAUAUGAGAGAUGUUAAUGUGGACGCUACCGGAUAUUUUUAUCGUGUAUUAUUACAUAAGCCACAAAUAUCUGUUAUAUAUUUUAAUUAUGUAAAUAAAUGUCAUGUAAGCUACA